AUGAUGCGUCCCGGUUUCGACAAGCCAGGCGCGCUGCCACUCCUGAUCGUGGUGAUCUUUUCGCUACUCACGCUGGCCCCGUCGCUGUCGAGUAUCUAUAAUCUCAAGCUGGCGGACUGGACAUAUUAUCCCUAUGGAGCUCGACCAGUGCCGCUCAUCAAGGACAGCGCCGCCGAAUUUGCCGCGGACACAUCGCCAGUCGAAUAUCGGACAUCAUGGAUCACCGCUGCGCAGUGUCGGCCGCGCGGGAACCGGAUGUCGCGAUCGUCGCGGUCCGGAAAUAACGCGCCGACCAUUGCCAGCGAAUUUGCUUCCGUCGAUAAUAAAAGUCGGUUAUCAUAUACUGCGACAGAAUCCUCGUUCAUGUUCAGCCGACGAGCACGUGCGUUCCAAACGUACUUCAUUCAGCAAUUAGACGACUACCAAAUCUUCACCCCCUUUUCCAAUCGCAGCAUUUCCACCGAAACCGCCCACCUCACCGCGACCCGCACUCCGUCUUAUCUCUCUCCCCAAUCGACCCCCCUUCACGAAUCUUACUCCGAUAAUACACCGCAUCUGCAUAAUGAGUCGACCCCCUCAUGUACAUUUUCGACAAAAGGGUCGGGACUGCAAUUCCCGCCCGUGUUCGACAUAUGGCAGCAGGCCUGCCGCACUGCUAGUGACCUCUGGCAAAUGGGAAAGAACUCGCCAGUCGAGACUGCCAUGAAGCCGGUGAAAUGGCUCUGGAAAUCGAUCGAGCCGAUUGUCCAUCGCGAUCAAGCAGCCUCGAACCACCCAACAACGUUAAUUCCGCACCCAAAAGAUCUUCAGCCCCUGAGCAACGGAACCUCAAGUCUUCCGGCCCCACCGAAAUCAGCAACCGUGCAUAGCGGCGAGACUGCAGAUGCUGCUGUCCACACCUCGCCGGAGCUGAGAGGUAGCUGCAUGGCAGUGGUCAUUGGAUUGGUCGUAGGAAUCAUGUGGUUUUAA